AUGGCUUCUCAAGACCCUGCGUCUAAUGGCUCGACGCCUGCAACCUCGCCUGGCGUCGACAAGCCUCGUGCAAUCCCAAAGCUCAUACCGCGAUUGCAGAGGAAGUCUUCCACUCCACCAACACCAUCCUCCGACCCUGCUCCAGAAACGCCUCCGUUGCCAGAUCCUCCUCAGCCUGACUCCAUACAUUUCACCGUUCCUGUCAAGCGCAUCUUGUCUCCUUCCGACCAUGAGAAGUUCCUCAAGUCCCCGACCUAUACCUUGAUCCAAGCAUGGAUAUUCACGCUAUCAGACUGCGUCCGAGGACGGCCGAUCUCAUCUCUCGACCGUCAGCAUUUGUCAGACUCGAUCCGGCGCCUCGAUGCUGUGUUCGACGUUAUCGAAGGUCUCAUUGACCAGUACCCUCCUCUUGAUACGGGAUCGAGAUUCGGAAACCCAGUCUUCCGCAGUCUGCAUCAGGCUAUCGUACGCAACGUUGAAAGAAUCCAUAAGGAGGUGCUAGGAAUAGACAAUGAGGCUGCCAUACAGGAGAUAUCCAUCUAUGUGAUCAAUUCUUUUGGCUCGGAAGAGCGACUCGAUUACGGCUCCGGGCAUGAGUUGAAUUUUAUGAUGUGGUUGUUGUGUCUGUAUCGGCUUGGGCAGAUCCCGCGAGAGGACUUUCCGGCUCUGGUCUUGCACACGUUCAUGCGAUAUCUCACGCUGAUGAGGAGGAUACAGAGCACAUACUAUCUCGAGCCCGCUGGUAGCCACGGGGUAUGGGGACUGGACGACUAUCAUUUCCUUCCCUUUUUGUUCGGAGCGAGUCAGCUCAUCGGCCACUCCUACAUCACGCCGCGAUCCAUCCACAACAAUGUUGUCCUGGACGAGGAAGGGGACGACUACAUCUACCUCAAUCAAGUCCGAUGGGUGGAUAGCGUCAAGACGGUGAAAGGACUCCGCUGGCACAGUCCCAUGCUCGACGAUAUCUCGGGUGCAAAGAAUUGGCGCAAGAUCGAGGAGGGUAUGCGGAAGAUGUUUGUCAAAGAAGUUCUCGGCAAACUGCCCAUCAUGCAGCACUUCCUCUUUGGCGGCCUGAUACCCGGCACUGAAGAUAUGGGCCAGCUGGAUCCCGAGACGGCUCGGUUGCAGCAGGAAAGGAUGCAGCAUGUGAAGGAAACCGGUCACGAACCUGACUACUGGGGCGAUUGCUGCGGUAUCAAAGUCCCGAGUACGGUGGCAGCGGGAGAGGAAAUGCGAAAGCGAAUGGGUACGUCGGGCGCUCUGCGGCCCAUACCUUUCGACUAG